CAGGCGUGCUCUCCUCUUCGUCCUCCUCUCCUCCAGUCUCCUCUUCUUCUGCCACCCCCGCCGCCUCUGCCAACUCCAGCCCCCUGAAGGACGCUUCCUCUCCGGCAGCAGCUCAGCCUCGAACGGUCCGCCGCGCACCUCAAGGCCCCCAGGCCCUGAUGCCCCUGCCCUGCAAGAAGGCCGAGGGGCUGCAGUAUAACAGCUUCAAAUGUCCAGAGUGCCAAACACAGUUCUCUGGCAAGGCGGAGCUGGUCACUCACUUCCAGCAGAUCAGAGCUGCUCCCAACUCAACGUGUACGCAGUGCUCGCCCCCCAUGAUGCUGCCUAACUCGUGUGCAGUGUCGGCCCACCAGAGGAUCCAUAAACACCGAGCGCCUCAUGUCUGUCCUGAGUGUGGGGGGACCGCCCGGCAGGCCAGCUUCCAGACUCAUCUGGAGGAGGCCUGCCUGCACUUCGCCAGGCGCAUCGGAUACAGGUGCUCGAGCUGCCAGGUUGUGUUCGGAGGGUUGAACUCCAUCAAGUCCCACAUCCAGACCGCUCAUUGCGAGGUCUUUCACAAGUGCCCCAGCUGCCCCAUGGCCUUCAAGUCUGCACCCAGCGCCCAGAGCCACAUCAGCACCCAGCACCCAACGCUCACUGGGGGACAGGCCAAAAUGAUCUACAAGUGUGUGAUGUGUGAUACGGUGUUUACCCAGAAACCCCUGCUGUACAUGCACUUUGACACUCACUUAGCCAAGCAAAAAGUGCAUGUGUUCAAGUGUCCUGACUGCACCAAGCUCUACGCCCAGAAAGGAUCCAUGAUGGAGCAUAUUAAGACGGCUCACAGAGGCCCAUCAGCCAAACAGACGGAGUCUCAGUCCGACGCCUCGGCCCCCCCCUCGGCCCCCGCCAACACGUCCGCCUCCUCUGUCCUCAAAUCCAAAUCGUCUGGAAAACCAGACAACUCAGACGGAGAGGACUGGGGUCGGGACCAGGAGGAGGAAGAGGAGGAGGAAGAUGAUGAAGAUGACGAUGCUGACGAUGACUUUGAGGCUCCAGGCGGUAACUCGACCGCCCCGGGGGGCAGCAUUCAGCCCCCCGCCCCAACUGAGUGGACCUGCCCUCAGUGUCAGACCACCUUCACUGACAACGACGACUAUCUGAGUCACGUGAAGACGGAGCAUGGCAAGUUCCCAUGUCGUAUUUGUGGAGGCACGUUCAGCACGUCUUCCAGCCUGAGACGUCACGAGCGAGUCAUUCAUGAGGGCAACAAGAGGGUCUUCCAUUGCCAAUAUUGCACAGAAGGGAAACGCACCUUUGGUAGUCGGUUCCUGCUGGACAAGCAUAUCCGGCUCCAUCACAGAUCCACAGACGGACAGGAAAGACCCAUGACCAGGAAGCGAGCAGCGACAGGGGGGGAGGGGCCCGGCAGCUCCUCGGAGCAGGACGGGGAGGGGGGGCCACCUGGAGCCCAGGGGGGAAACGAGGAAGAGAACACAGAGGAGGGUGAGGAGGCUCCUUCAGGUCCCCCAACUCCUGCCAAGAGGACCAGGCAGUCCGCUGCAUCGACAUCGCUGGCCCCCAACGAGCUGGAGGAGGAAGACAACGUUUUCCGCUGCGUCCCCUGCGGCUUCUCCAGCGAGGACGGGCCGGAGUUCCAGCGCCACAUCCCCCAGCACCGCGCAGACACCGCCUCCUUCCAGUGCCUGCAGUGCGGCGUCUGCUUCGCCUCGGCGGGCUCCCUCAGCAGGCACCGCUUCAUCGCUCACCGCGUGCGGGACAACCAGGGCGACGCAGACCGCGGCCCCCCCCGCGCUCACGGCUCCCCCGACGGCUCGCCCGACGGCUCCCCUCAGGCGCAGGGCGAGGACGGAGACGGGAACAUGAGCUGCAAGGUGUGCGGCCGGCGGUUCGACAAGGCCUCGGACCUCAAUACCCACUUCAGGACCCACGGCAUGGCCUUCCUCACCGCACACAAGACAGACAAGCCCCAGUAGAGGAGGGGAGGGGGGGGCUCGGAGAUCAUCUACGAGGAGUCGACAGGAUGUAGAAUAUGAAUGUUAAUCCUGAGAAGAAACAGCUGCUUCCUGUGCAGUUUUUUUUUAGCCACAUAAACAGUUUUACUCUAAUCUACGGCACCUCUUCUUUGCGAUUGUAACUGCAUGUUUGAUCAUGUGACUGAACACACACCAGUGAUAGACUCCUAAGUGGAAAGGCUCUCAAACGGCCCAGAGGAAAGCAUUUAUAUAUCAGCCAUACUGUGUUCAAUACGUUGUCCUUCCAUUUCACUCUGCACUGACUGUAGCCACUUGCCUGUUUUCCAUGUAACACUAAUAUACAUAUGCCCCGCCCCCCCACUGUAUCCUGACAGCUGUAGUGCCGAUAUUUUUGUACCUGACAUUGUUUGUGAUUUUAUACGUUUGUCCAUGUUCAUUAUUUCCAGCAUGAGAUCAUUUUUAUUGUUUAAAACUGAUCUCGAGACGCAUGAAAAGGGGGGGGGGUGUUUGAAGAAUUCAACCCAGAUUUUUAUGUUGCUAUAAUAUUUAUUUAUACGAAACACAUUACUGCUAUUGGUAUUUCUGUGAGUCGGACAUGUUGAGAUUUAGGAAGGAAGUCAUUAGAGAUGGGUUACUGGAGGUCUGUAAGCUGUGUAGUGUGCAUAAUGUGCGUUAAUCGUCAAGCUAGAAGAAGAGCGGUCAGGCGUCCUGCCAGUAGAAUAUGUGUACGUUUAGCCCUGUAAAUACAUAUUACACUAAAAGAAAGCAUUCUGGUUUUAGUAACUUGCUAUGAUAAUGUGAAUACGUAUAGUAUUUGUAUUGUUCCCUUUCUUUUAAAAAAAGUUUAAAAUAAUUCCCCCCCAGAGGUAGCUAUACAUUGUAAUUACAGAGCGGAGGGAGGGCGCGGGGGUUGUGUUGUCUUAAUGUGUAUGAAUACAAACGUUUAUCUCGUGGGACAGUUCUUUUUUAUCGACAGAAUCAGUGCUUGCUGUACUCACUAUUUAUUUUAUAUGUUUUUAAAAGCAGCCUUCAUGGUCAUGUGACGGAGGCCUUCUUUUGUUUGUAUCUUUUAUAUGUCAUGAUAUCAUAUUUAUAUAGCUCAAUAGUGGAACAUCUUAUGUCUUUUUCUUUUCCAUGGUUGUGGUCUGCUUGCCAUACACUUUGUGCUGUUUUGAAAAUAAAUGUGUAAAAGAGACAAUUGACUUCAUC